GCUUCUUUGAAAGCGUGUCACCCCGCAGCUGUCCCGCAGAAAGCGCACCGCCUGAAAGUCAUUUCCUGAUUGGCUGCCGGGAAGCUUCGUGAUCGCUCAGAAACUAAGCAGCCAGCUUUCCGUCCGUCACGUCAAAAUACUCGAUUAUUUAAAAUAUUAACAACGAACUGGCUCGUUUUUAUAAAUGCAGUCAUGGAGCUGCUGGUCCGUUAUCUGGAAAGAAGCAACUCGUUCAGCUCUGCUCUGACUCCAGAGGUCAUCAGAGAAGAGAGGCUGCGAGAUGACCUGAAGUAUUACUUCAUGAGCCCCUGUGAGAAGUACAGAGCCCGACGACACAUUCCCUGGAAGAUGGGAGUCCAGAUCCUAAAAAUCGUCAUGAUCACCACACAACUUGUCUUUUUUGGCCUCAACAACCAGCUGGUGGUGUCCUAUAAAGAAGAAAACACAAUGGCUCUGAAAAACCUUUUUAUAAAGGGCUACAGUGGGGUGGAUGAGGAUGACUUCUCCAUAGCUGUCUACACACAGAGGGAUGUCUAUGACAGCCUAUUUUAUGUUCUUGAUCAGUACAGCCAGCUGGGUGAACUCUCUGUGGGCGCCAUCAGCUAUGCUGAAGAUGAAGAUGGCCUUCUUCUGCCCUUAACCGUCUGUAAGGAGUACUACAAGCGGGGCAGUUUGAAGCCAUCAGAUGAGGCUUAUGAUAUUGAUGCCCAGUUAGAGACACUUUGCAUGGAACAUGAUCCAAGGACUGCAAAUCAGUGGAGGAAGCAGAACUCCUCCUUUUUUGAUCUGGACUUUUAUAGGCUUGUUAACAUCAAAGUGACCUUUAAUUUGAAAGGAAUCAACCUUCAGACAGUUCGUUCCCGGGAGCUGCCUGACUGCUACUCCUUCUAUGUUAUGAUCACUUUUGAUAACGAGUCUCAUAGUGGAAAAGUGAAACUCUACCUGGACAUAGAUGCCGAGAGCAGUGCAUGUCAAGACUGGAAGAUAUCUGGCACAGCUCAGAAGAACACACAUUAUCUGCUGGUGUUUGAUGGCUUUGUCAUCCUGGUUUGCAUCAUAUCAACCACGCUGUGCACGCGCUCUAUCAUCCUGGCAGUCAGGUUGCUUCAGCGGUUCUCACAGUUCUUCCAAGAACACUUUGACCGUAAAGUGUGUGAGGACGACCAAAAAGAGUUUCUGAAUGGCUGGUAUGUGCUGGUCAUUGUCAGUGACGUAUUGACUAUUAUUGGCUCCAUACUGAAGAUGGAAAUACAAGCAAAGAGUCUUACAAGUUAUGAUGUGUGCAGCAUUUUCCUGGGCACAUCUACGUUGUUGGUAUGGGUUGGAGUUAUUAGAUACCUGGGAUACUUUCAGAAAUAUAAUGUCCUGAUUUUAACCAUGAAAGCAGCAUUCCCCAAAGUUUUACGUUUCUGCUGCUGUGCUGGCAUGAUCUACCUCGGCUACACAUUCUGCGGAUGGAUUGUACUGGGCCCGUAUCACGAGAAGUUCGAGGGUUUGAGCCGUGUGGCGGAGUGCCUGUUUUCUCUCCUGAACGGUGAUGACAUGUUCACCACCUUCGCCCAGCUCAAGGACAAAAACAUUUUAGUGUGGCUUUUCAGUCGGGCGUACCUCUACUCCUUCAUCUCCCUCUUCAUCUACAUGGUGUUGUCUCUCUUCAUUGCCCUCAUCACUGACUCAUAUGAAACCAUCAAGAAAUACCAAAGUGAUGGUUUCCCGCUGACAGACCUGCAAAAGUUCCUCAGAGAACACAAAGAUUUUCCUGUUGUUGACGACUUCAGCGAGAAAGACGUUGAGCCAAAAUGCUCCACGUUUUGCUGCUGCAAACGUUUUCCAGUAAAUGACGACAUCAUACUCAUAAGCUGACAGAGAUGAGGUGUUUGGUGGAGGACGAAGUUAGGAUCUGACUCUGAUAUUGACUUAACUCGACUUCAGUGCAAGACGUUGGAAAAUGUCAAUAUACACUCGUAGAUCAAUGAAGAAGAGGACGACUUUCCUCAGGGACAUGAAACUGGACCUCAAGUUUCAGAGAUGGACAUGAGUCCAAGCUGGGGAAAAAAGAAGAUGAUAUAAAAACUAGAAAUAAAGGUAAUAUUCAGACAUUUUUAAAGAAUUUAAAUGCCAGAAAACUGAAGUGUUGUUCUACUCUUCAAGUGCUAUAGCAUCUGAUAUAACUUGUAAACUGAAGUAAAGAUUGCAGUAAAACCUA